AUGGCAGUUACAAUGCAAGUGGUCUGUACUACUAGUGAAGAGAGUGAUAGUGAUGUACAGGACGAAUAUGAUUGGGUAUUGAUAGUUGUUGCGGAUAAAGAUGUUGUUUAUGAAAGGUUUCCAAUUCCACUUAUCAAUCGUCUUGAGAAACACUUUUUGGCAAUGGCAACAAUGCUCACACCUGGAGAGCUUGAAGUGGUAGAUAGACUGGAGAAAUGGGUCAAGAGUUUUGCUACCAUUACCCAGAGUCCACAUCAGAGAGACAGGUCCAAAGGUCGAUUUAAAAUUCAUGAUGCGUUCAUUGGAUUCAAUAAUGACACUAUUGCAUCGAUUGUAUUACAAGUUACCACGGAUAUGAAUCAACAUGAAGGGAAUCAGAAGUGGCAGGAACAUGUGUAUGAGCAAUCCCAGGAACUGCUGCUGUACUGCGCAACUCCAGAUUCUGUAGCACGGUUAACCAAAUCAGGACUGUGCAGUUCAUCAGAGAGACUGUGGCAGAAGUACUUCAAAGAACAGAAACACAAUUCAGUAGCUGAGUAUUUAGAAUACCAAGUCAGUAUGGCUAAAAGAAGUGGAAAUAUGGUUGGAAUAUUUGCACAGGUAACCACACAUUCCAGAUUAUUAUCCCGAUAUGAUAUACAGGAUCUAGCUAGAAACAUUGGUCUUCAUCCAAAGCUGUUACUUCAACACAGUGUCUUCUUACAAGCAUUGCACACUGAGCAACAAUUCACUAAACAUGUUAGGGCAUUCUUCACUGACACUGAUGCUUCAAAGAUGGAAAGACUUCUUCUUGUUCAGUGUGAUGCUGGUGAUGAAAAUACCAAUCUGAUAGCAUGCUCACGAUACAUAGUACAAGAUGAAAGAGCACAAGCAAUGAAACACAAUGAUAACUGGCAACUUGCUCAUGUCGUUUUUAUUAUUCAACUACCGAGAGUUGCUGGUGGAUGUUUUGAUGGACUGCAAGGUGGUAAAUGGUUAGCUGCACAUAUAGAUGAUUUGAGACCACCGCUGUCAAGCCAUCCAGAAAUUACUGCUCUGCAGAACCAAUCAAUGAGUGCUGUCUUUGAAAGUGACAUUCCAAAAAGGCAACAACUGAAAAAGAUUUCUCCCAGUGAUUCUGGGAUUCAGAUAUCUGAGGAAUCGGAUGAUAUUAUGGAAAGUGAGACAACAGGCAUAUCAGUUGAACUUGUGGAUGGAAUCAUAGAGAAAGGACAACAAAUGGAAGUUGAAUCCAGAGGAGAAGAAGCCAUGGAAGUAGCCACUUGUGAAGGAGAUUCACUUGAAACAGCUGGACUAUUGAAUAUAGCUGGUUUUAUUGGUAAAGUACAAGAGGUGCCAAGUUGUGCUGUUGAAGUGCCAGGAAUUGAUGGUGAGAUGAUGGAUGUAGAUGUUUCAGAUAAACUUGGUCUCCUGGAUACCAGAGCAUUGUUGAAAUGUUGCAUCCAGUCUGCUGCUGUAAUGUUAGAAGAUGAAGAGUGUAGAAAACAUCGAUCAACAGGUCGAAUUGAUAUUCUGUUAGAAUUGUUUAAAAGGGAAGGCAACAAACCCAAUCAGCUGAACUUUGUUGAAAUCUUAAAGGAACGUAUCUUUCAACUACUGAAAGAGAAAGAUCAAAGAUCACCUGAUCCAACCCAGUGGUUGUGUAAAGAAGCUUUGACUGGUGAAAGCGUUCAGACCAAUGGAACUUUCAGGUAA